AUGAUUUCUUGUAAAUGCAUAAAAGAUUGCAACGCAGCCUGCAGCUGCAGAAAAGCAGGAUUACACUGUUCGGUCGUGUGCGGUUCGUGCCAGGGAAGAGCGUGUUCAAAUUCUGAAAUAAUUCUAGAAGAUCCAGGGGACGACGAAGAAAUCGAUUCUCGAUUAGAAGAAUUAAUGACCAACGAAAAUAUCGAAGACGUAGAAUUGAACAAGAACCAGAUGAACACAUUAGGAGGAUACUAUGAGGCACCUUUAAUUGGGAUUUGUUCCUUAGGUGCUGCAACUAAUGGUUUAGAUGCUAUAGGGAACGUUUUAAAUCCUGUAGUAACGCCCGAUCAAAAUGUUCCAAUAGGAAGAUCAAAUUUUUCGUUUAGAGAUCGUUUGCUUUCUAUUUUUUAUUCAAUUUGGAUCAGAAUUUAUUAUCAUUGGCAUAUUCUCCCUAUGGAAGACAAGACUGUAAGGAAGUACUUGGGGAACAACCUUCCAUAUUUAGGACAAAUUGAGAGAAAUGUUAGUCUGUUACUGUUGAAUAGAAAUCAGAUAUCCCAUAGAAUAAUGCCUGUAGUUCCUGGUGUAAUUGAAUUUGGGGGACUUAACUAUAAUAGAGCUGUACAAACUCUAAACCCGGAUUUACAAGAUUUCUUGGACAAAUCGAAUAAUGGAGUGAUAUAUUUUAGUUUAGGCGCAGCUAUAAAGCUAGUAGACUUUUUAUCACCAGAUCAAGUUCAAAUUUUUAAGUCAGUCUUCAAUAAACUUCCUUAUAAUGUGCUAUGGAAAUUCGAAAAUGACACGAUGGAAUCAAAACCAGAAAACAUUUUUGUCAGCAAAUGGUUAAAUCAGUCUGUUGUUUUAGGUAUGGCCACUUAG